AUGGACUCGUCUCCUCCGAGAAAGGUCCCCCAGGGGCAGUCUGCUGCGGGUGUGAAGCGUGCUGCAUUGUUACCGCCGUUUGAGCCAUGUUCGUCUCCGCCGCUCCCUCGACCAGCAAAGCGGAGGGUUCUCAAGGGCGAGGACUCGUUCUCGACGUAUCCAACCCCCGUCCCAACUUCGUCAACUGCCAUUCUAAGCUCGUCUCCCUCGCGUAUCCCUCCUGCUCUUCAACGUACUCAGUCGGUCACCUCGGAACGCGCCCCUCUGUCAGACGUCCCGUGUGUAAUGCUCGAGGAGGAUGGCGAGCCCAUUACCAUGGGGAGAUCGAGUGCUUCCUGCUCAUAUCAACUCUCGCCUAACCGUCUCAUCUCGAGGGUCCACGUCAAGGCCUACUUCAAGCCUGCGAGCCACCCAUUUGAUAGGGAUAAGAUCGAGAUUCUAUGCAUGGGCUGGAACGGUAUCAAGCUGCACUGUCAGGGGAAAACCUAUGAAUUAGCCAAAGGAAAGACGUUUACUUCGGAUAUCAGGGAUGCAGACGUGAUGAUCGAUGUUCAGGACUCGCGUGUACUCGUUCAAUGGCCACGUCCCGAACGAAAGGACUCAAAUUCAGAACAUACAUGGGACGAAUCGUCUCCUAUUCGAAACGCAGACUCUCGUUCUCGUCACGGUUACUCGGAAAGCCCUCUCAAGUCUCGGGAAAGGCUACUGUCUCCUGUUUCUCCCUCCCCCGCCGUUCAAUCCCUCGGUUCUGCCGAUCCCUUGACAUCCAGCCGCUCUGUACCCAAUGCUGUUGUUGUCUAUGAGGACGAACCCUCUCCCGUACGACCUAAAAAAUCCACUACCGACCCCAAGUCUACCUCCCAAAGCACUGAGCGAGCCUCUAUCUCGAGUGAUGCCAAUGCUAGAAACUCAAUUUCUAGUAACCUAACAAAAUCCGACGAGCUAUCCGAACAUGACGAAGAGAAUGAUCCAAUCGUGUUUUCCUUCGGUCCAUAUGGAGAGAAUCUCCUUCCUCGUAUGGCUGCUGUCAAUGCCAGAGAUACCCCCACAGCUUCUCCCCACCAGAAACCCCUCAAACGCAGCGCUUCGGCUCGGGAAUCAUCAUCUACAAAGGAGUCGACGGAUUCAUCCCGAUCUGCAAUUCAAAACCACAUCAUAAACCAACUAGCCUUCUCACGACUCUCUUCAACACCAUUCUCAACUAUUGUCAGCAAUCUUCCUUCUGACCUUGUUGGUACCGGUUCGUCGAAGAAACCCAAGGUCUCCAAUACUUUUAUCAGAUCCAUCAUUGAAGAUACCAGAUGCAUUGGGACUGUUAACCGUAAAGGCAAAGAUGCUGCGGGAAAACAAUUGGAAUGCGAGUAUUACUAUACCCCUGAUCUCGAUACAGACGAGAUGAGAAAGCAAGCUGUUGUCAACGAACUACGAAAACCAGGACUACGGAACUGCAGGAAACAGCACAAGCAAUACUUCUGGAAACGGCCCAAGACCCCAUAA